AUGGCGAUCCAGAAGAAGCACGGAAAGGGUCGUCUCGACAAGUGGUACAAGCUCGCGAAGGAGAAGGGGUACCGCGCCCGUGCCGCCUUCAAGCUGAUCCAGCUCAACAAGAAAUAUGGCUUCCUCGAGAAGAGCAAGGUCCUGCUGGAUCUCUGCGCCGCCCCUGGUUCAUGGUGUCAGGUCGCAGCGGAGGUCAUGCCCGUCAACAGCCUCAUCGUCGGCGUCGAUCUCUCUCCCAUCAAGCCCAUCCCCAAGGUCAUCACCUUCCAGAGCGAUAUCACCACAGAACAGUGCCGUGCCACCAUCAGGAAACAUCUCAAGACAUGGAAGGCCGACACCGUCCUCCACGAUGGUGCCCCCAACGUCGGUACCGCCUGGGUGCAGGAUUCCUUCAACCAGGCGGAGCUGGUCCUGCAGUCCAUGAAGCUGGCCACCGAGUUUCUCGUCGAGGGCGGCACCUUUGUCACAAAGGUCUUCCGCUCAAAAGACUACAACUCCCUGCUCUGGGUCUUCAACCAGCUUUUCACCAAGGUCGAAGCCACCAAGCCGCCCUCCUCCCGAAAUGUCUCCGCCGAGAUCUUCGUCGUCUGUCGCGGCUUCAAGGCCCCCAAGCACAUCGACCCCAAGUUCCUCGACCCCCGCGCCGUCUUCGAGGAGCUCGCCGCACCCACCCCCAACAACGAGGCCAAGGUCUACAACCCCGAGGUCAAGAAGCGCAAGAGAGAGGGUUACGAGGAGGGCGACUGGACACAAUUCAAGGAGGUUCCUGCCUCCGAGUUUAUCCAAACUACGGACCCCAUCGCCAUCCUCGGAAGCAAGAACCGCCUGCACUUCGACCAGUCCAGGAACGGAGAUGUGGCCCUUGCGGCGCUGAACAAGCUGCCCGAGACCACAGACGACAUCCGCAGGUGCUGCGAGGACUUGAAGGUUCUCGGCAAGAAGGAGUUCAAACUACUGCUGAGAUGGCGACUCAAGGUCCGCGAGAAGUUUGGCUUUCCCACCAAGAAGAGCAAGCAGGAGCCCGAACUUGCCGAGGAGACGGCCGAGGUCGAAGACAUGGACGAGGAGAUGAGGAUCCAGGAGGAGCUACAGGCACUGAAGGAGAAGGAAGGCUCUAGAAAGAAGAAGGAAAGGCGCAAGGAGAACGAGCAGAGGCAGAAGGACAUUGUGCGCAUGCAGCUCAACAUGACUGCCCCCAUGGACAUUGGUAUGGAAGAGCAGGGGCCCAUGGGCGAGGACGCCAUAUUCCAGCUCAAGGCCGUCGACAAGGCGGGCGCGCUCGGCAGGAUCUCCAGGGGCAAGAUGGUCAAGAUCAGCGAGCAAGACUCCAGGAAGGACCGAGACAGCGGCCUGGGCACCUCACCAGACUCGGACGAGGAUAGCGAUGAGGAGGAGGACAGGCUGGAGCGGGAGUUGGACGGCAUGUACGACGCCUACAAGGAGCGAAAAGCAGCAACAGAUGCAAAGUACCGAGCCAAGCGGUCAAAGAAAGAGCAUGAUGAUGACGAAUGGGAGGGUGUGUCUGCAGAUGAGAAGGCCGCCAGCGAUGAGGAGAGCGAGUUGGACGAGGACAGCGACGAUGAUUCGGAUGCCGAGGACGAUGGCGUGGCUGGCAAGAAGACGCUGCUGACCGACCUUGAAAAGGAUACGGGAGACUCGUCAGGGUUGUCAAAACGUGCCAGGGCCUUUUUCAACCAGGACCUGUUCAAGGACAUGGACGGUCUUUUGGAUGAGCCUGAGGAGGAGGAACAAGCCGAGCAGGUGGAGGUUGACGAGAUGGAUGUCGACGUGGCCGACGAAGUCUCCUCGGACGAAAAUACACCGGCGAACGUAUCCAAACCAAAAGCACCCAUAGCUGUUGAUGCCUACGAGGACGAUGACGAGGAGUUUGAAGUGGUCAAGCCUACAAAACAGAAGAAGGUUGAACAAGACGAGGAAGACGAGAGCGACUGGGAAGAGGAGGAGAGGCGGGAAAGGCGCGAGCGUGACAACAGGCCAGAAAUCGACAUUAUCACGGCCGAGGCAAUGACCCUGGCGCACGAGCUCGCGACGGGCAAGAAAUCGAGCCACGACCUGAUGGACGACGGGUUCAACAAGCACGCUUUCCGGGCGGACCGGGACGGGCUUCCGGAUUGGUUUACGGAGGACGAGUCGCGGCACGACCGUCAACAGAAGCCCAUCACCAAGGCGGCGGCAGCGGCGAUCAAGGAGAAGCUGCGGGCGUACAACGCGCGGCCGAUCAAGAAGGUGCGUGAGGCCAAGGCGCGCAAGAAGCUCAGGGCGGCGGACCGGCUGGAGAAGCUCAAGAAGAAGAGCGACGUGCUGGCAGCGUCGGAGGGCAUGACGGAGAAGGAGAAGGCGGACAGCAUCUCCAAGCUCAUCUCCAAGGCCAACAAGAAGGUACGCCGGCCGCCGGUCAAGGUGGUGGUGGCCAGGGGCCAGAACAAGGGCAAGGGCCGGCCCAAGGGCGUCAAGGGCAGAUACAAGAUGGUCGAUUCGAGGAUGAAGAAGGAGAUGCGGGCACUCAAGAGGAAGGCCAAGUCGAAGAAGUAG